AUGGCAUCCCAGGUAAGUGAGGAAAAAUUGAUUUUUUUCUCUAAGUAGUAUUUAGAAAUUAGAUAGGCGUUUAGAAAAAGUAAAAUUGUAUCCAUCUCUGACAUCAACUUCCAAAUAAAUUCCCAGGUAAAUCACAGGCUUAAAUGAACGUAAAAUGAAGCAGCAAAGAUACCAGAAAAAAUGACGGGAAAGAAAUUUUUAUAACCUUUGACAUAAAACUCAGAACCCAUGUAAGAAAGAUUUCUAAAUUCAACUGCAUAAAUGUUUAAAAUGUUUGCAUAACCAAAACUGGCAGAAUCAAAGACCAGUGACAACUUUGGGAAAGUAUUUGCAAUGUGUGUCAUUAGAAAAAGAUCAGAUUGCUCUUUCUGCCAUCUUUCCAUGCCACCUUAAUGGUGUGCAUGAAUGUCCUGGCUGAUGCCCUCAAGAGCAUCAGCAAUGCCAAAAAGAGAGACAAAUGCCAGGUUAUUAGGCCAUGCUCCAAAGCCAUUGUUAGGUUUCUAACUGUGAUGAUGAAGCAUGGUUACAUUGGCGAAUUUGAAAUCAUCAGUGAUCAUAGAGCUGGACAGAUUGUUGUGAACCUCACAGGCAGACUAAAUAAGUGUGGAGUCAUCAGCCCCAGGUUUGAUGUGCAUCUCAAAGAUCCAGAAAAAUGGCAGAAUAACCUGCUCCCGUCCCAUCUGUUUGGGUUCAUUGUACUUAAAGCCUCAGCUGGUAUCAUGGACCAUGAAGAAGCAAGAUGGAAACAUACAGAAAGGAAAAUCCCUGGACUCUUUUUCUAGGGAUAUAAUAUAUACGUGCAAAUAAAAUGGCUCAGUGGGAAAAAAAAAAGAAAAGAUCACAUUUCCCUCAUACAUGAAGGGCUCCUAUAAACAAUUAGAAAAAAAGAUCAACAUCCAAUAGGAAAAUGGGCAAAAGAUCAAGAGAAG